UGGUGUGUGUGUACAAAUUCAACAACAGUAACAACAAGAGGAUUUAUUGUAUUCCUGAACACAAUGAAUUAACAAAAAGGGACUCCGGAGAGGCAAGUCGAGGAAACAGCAAGUGUUGAUCAAGGGUUGACUGUCACCUGCACCCAACUGGACAAUUUCUCUCCUCAUCUCUGGUCUGAAACAGUGACUCUCCGGUCCAGCACUUUCUGCAACAUUUAGCAGCUUGUGUUUGUCUGUCUGUUCUGUUUUCUGUCGGCUUCUAGCUUUUUCACCAGGAAUCAAAAUGAACGUAGGGGAAGUGACAGAGAAAAGAACAGCAGGAGUUUUGUCGUCACAGAAAGCAACGACUGAGGCGAUUUCUGUUCAGGCCCACUGAAUGUCCAUGGCCCGUGUUCUUUCCCUGUUCCGGCCUCAGCCUUUUCUGGCCUUCGUGGGCAGGAGAAAACCUACAUUGUGCAAAAUGUCAAUGGACUCCCGGGCACGUGGAGUGUUUGCAGCUGCGGUGGAAGGUGUGCAGCCAGACACUGUGGUCCGGCAGAGUGUAGAGCGCAAGGAGGACACAGUCGUUAUCCAAGGUCACAAAUUCACACUCAAACAUAACCUGCACUUGGUGGGCUUCGGAAAAGCUGUACUAGGUAUGGCUGCCGAGGCAGAGAGGAUUGUCGGGGAUCACUUAGUGAAAGGAGUAAUAAGCGUGCCACAUGGGAUUCAGCAGACAUUACAGCAGCAUGGGAAAGACCAUCUGUUGUUAAAAGAAAACACUCGCAUCGAAGUAAUGGAGGGAGCUAAACACAACUUGCCUGACGCUGAUGCCCAGAAGGCAGCUGAAAGGAUCAAGCAGUUAGCCAGUGAACUGACGGAGAAAGACCUGCUCCUUGUCCUAAUUUCAGGUGGAGGCUCUGCACUACUGCCUGCGCCUGUCCCACCAAUCUCGCUGCAAGAGAAACUGGAUGUUACCCGCAAACUUGCAGCUGCUGGUGCCACCAUUCAAGAGCUGAACACUGUGCGACGUGCCCUAUCUUUCUUAAAGGGCGGAGGUCUUGCGCAGUGUGCUCAUCCUGCCCAGGUCAUUGCACUGAUAUUGUCUGAUGUCAUUGGGGACCCUCUGGACUUGAUAGCCAGCGGUCCCACAGUGCGGAGUGAGGUGUGGCCUGAAGAAGUAUUGUCAGUCCUUGAACAUUACAAGCUGUUGAGCUCUGUACCAGCGUCAGUAAAAGAUGUCCUUGGGGGACCUUGUAUCCGGGAGAGUAAGGAUGAACCUAAUACACCAGGACACGUUCUCAACGCUGUGAUUGGCUCCAACAGCCUUGCCCUUAAGUGUGCGGGUCGCCGGGCUCGAGAGCUAGGUUUCCGCCCUGUUGUCCUGGCACCAGGAGUGUGUGGCGAUGUGAAGUCAGUCUCCAGGCUUUACGGCCUCCUGGCGCGCUUUGCCUGCUCUCGAGAGGAACCUCCUCCAGAGAUUGCUGCAGAGAUGCUGAGGCUUGGGCCCGACGUAGGUGUGGAGAGCUGGGACCUCUGCCGUACCAUGCAGGUUUUGGAUGAAGGGCGCACAGAGGGAUGGGGUGCCACGUGUCUGUUAGCAGGAGGUGAACCCACGGUAGAGCUGACAGGUAAGGGUCGAGGUGGUCGAAACCAGGAGCUGGCUCUGCGAGUGGGACUGGAGCUGAGAGGCUUGGAGCUCCCGCCGAAUGGUCCUGUGUUCCUGAGUGGUGGAACUGAUGGUCAGGACGGACCAACCGAGGCUGCAGGAGCCAUCACUGAUGGGGGAUUGUAUGAAGAGGCACAAGCACAGGGACUGGACAUCGACAACUUCCUAACCAACAACGAUUCAAACACUUUUUUUACUCGUCUUUCUGAUGGGCAGCGUUUACUUGUACCUGGCUUAACCUGCACCAAUGUGAUGGAUGUGCACAUGCUACUUAUUCCACCAAUUCCCAUAAUCAUUAAAUAAUUCCAGAGCACACACAGCGAUCCAAGUCUGGUGGAUCAGAAUAGGAACUAUUAGUAUUAAGAUUUCAGCAAGAAAACAAAUCCUUAUAUAUUGUGGACUUUCAACUUAGCUCUAGCAAACAGAUCUGUCACUGACAUCAGUAUUUUCAAAUACAACAUAUUUAAUAUCAGUCAAGCCGUUUACAAUAAACUUGCAGUCGUAUUAUCAUCCAGCUUUGCUGCUUGUCUCUUCAUGUACUUCAAGGUAAAACAUUCUGAUAAUUUUGUCCUUAAAAAUCUCAGUAAAGACACACUGCAGUACAUGAAUUACAGACUUCUCUUUACCAUUCUAACAGCAUUAUAACUUGUCAGUUCUAACAGGUGAGUGUAUGAUGGCUUGUAAAAUGCACAGGAAAAUUUCAACCCUCUCUGUUUCACAUUUUAUUAAUUCACA